CCAAGUCCUUGGCAGUGUUCCUCCUGUCCUUUGCCUGGCGCAACAAAAAACGAGCAUCGAAAAACGACAACGAGACGCGGUAAGGCAACAGGAACCGCUCGGGACCGGGUGCUCCGCAAUAUUCCGAGUUUCGAGGUGGGAGAGGUCAGUCCCGACGAAUAUAAGAGGGUCCUAGUCCACCGUUCGGACAUCAUUCGCUCUUCAGCUCAGUCAGUAGAAGCAAGAAGCGCAUUCACUCACCACACCAACCAUGUACAAACUCGUCGCUCUCUUCGCCUUGUUGGCCUGUGUCGCCGCCGCGCCUGCACCGGGUCUUCUCGCGGCACCAGCUGCUCUCCACGCGGCGCCGGUUGUCGCGGCAGCGCCCGCGGUCGCAGUCGCCCACACGUUGCCGGUCGCCACCAGCUACGCUAACACCUACAAAGUGUCUGUGAAGAGCCCGCUGGUCGCCGCUGCCCCCGUCGCCUACGCCGCACCGAUCGUCAAGACCGCGCCGGUUGUCGCCGCCGCACCGGUCGUCGCCGCCGCUCCGGCCACCGUAGUCGCCCAUGCCGCACCACUCGCCUACGCCGCACACGCCCCUAUCGUCGCACUCCAUUAAGAAAUACAUCUAGCCAUCGUUUUCAUUUCGUGACCGACGUGCCGAAGAAGAGCGUUUUCCGCAUGACGACGACGACUUAUCGGAACGAUCGGCCAGUCGAUCGAACGAUCAUCAACCAUCACCAGGCAACUAUUCGUUGAAGACCCUCACCGAAAUUGUAUCAGCCAGUCCGUACGAUCGAACGAUCGAUCGCUGCGAUUAAUUUUAAACAAUAAAAUUGCCAUUUUUGCUUUAA